AUGGGCCGGCGCAAUCCCCGCUCGCCUCGGACGUCGUCGGUGCCAGUCCUCGCUGCGUGCAUGCGGUCGUCGAGGAAGGCGACGCUGCGGUCACAUGCCAAGGCGGCCACCGCCAAGGUCCUCUCGGCCCACGCCCCGAAGCGCGUAUCUAGACGAACGGACGCCAGUGCUACGGUUCCCACGACGUUCGCGCCAACGAGCAGUGCAGUCGCCCCGCGCGUUCCGCCGCGUGAAAAGGCGAAGAGUGGCCAGUCUCGGAACGUUCUCGCGACGCCGCUGCCAAAGGGCGUCCAGUACGUGGAUGCCAACUACAGCAGUGGCACGGACAUGGAAGGCGAAGACGACAUUGAUGAGCGCGUCUUAUCCGGCUUUCCACCCGCGCUGCGGACGCUCGAGAAGGACACGGCGCUGCUCAAGAAGCUGUAUCCGAGUAUCGCUACGAGCGUCAUCCAGCAGACGCUCAUUGACACGAUUCCCAAGCGCGACGACCAGCACUCGUACUUUGCCAGCCUCGUUGACGCCAGCGCGCGCCUCGAAGCGCUGCAGAACGAAGCGCUGCAGUCCCGACGCAGUACCUUGCGCUCCGUCGACACCUAA